AUGGAGUUUGAGAGAUUCAUCACAUUUCUUAGUGGGGUCUUUGCAAACUCGCCUUUCUUUAUUCCAGCAGAUGUUGCCGGUGCAGCGGAAGCAAGUAAAAAUGAUGACUUCAAAGAAAUAAGUGUUCCAGCUGGGAAAACUUUUGAGGUUAUACUCUCGGUGGACUCGGUAAACUCGUACAUUGCAUGGGAUUUUUCUUUAGUACAAGGCAAGAUAAAUAUGGAUAUUGGAUUUACUUUGGAGUUUGCAAGUCCUAAUGGGGACAAGACUCUGAUGUUGCCUUACCGUCGAUACGAGUCUGACCAAGGGAACUUCUGCACAUUAAUGGCUGGAAGCUAUAAACUGAUAUGGGACAACACACAUUCUACUUUUUUUAGAAAGGUGCUACGGUAUAAGGUAGAUUGUAUACCUCCUGUCGCAGAGCCUGUGCAGUAG